CUGAGUUUGGCCACCUGCCCGGGAAACUUGUCGCUCUCGGGCGGGGACACGGAACCGGGCCAUGGAAGAUUCGCUGGGGACUCGCGAGCCCCGGGUUCGACCGAGAGAACGGGACCCGGACCGGCGCCCCCGCCCGGACCGAGACCACCACCCUGAGCGACCGCGGGACAGAGCCGGGGACCGGCGCAGGGAAAGGAAUGGGGACGCGCGGAGGGACGGGGACCGGCGAGGGGAUCGAGACAGGGACCGGCGAGAGGAUCGGGACAGAGGGAGGGACCGAGACCCCCACCAGGACAGACACAGGGACGCGGGCCGUCGCUCAAGUGAGCAAAGAGGUUGGGAAAAGUCCCGCCAAAGCCGGACGCGGGACACAGCCCCGGGACCGACCUGGGACACAACUCGGGGACCGACCUGGGACACAGCCCCACCCCCUUGGCCCGGGCCUUGGGAAACCCCGGAGCCUCCCGCCCGGAGGAAGGAGAACUUCGGUCGCCAUGCACCACAAAGUUAUAGUGAACCCACCUCGGGGAGAUAUGUGCCCUCGCACCCCAGGCCUGGACUAGAGGAAGUGGAAUAUUACCAGUCGGAGGCGGAGGGGCUCCUGGAAUGUCACAAAUGCAGAUACCUGUGCACAGGGAGAGGUGUGGUACAGAUAGUGGAGGUGAUUUUGAACGGCAUGGUUCUCAUGUGUAUCGUGGCCUCCUACUUUGUCCUUGCUGGAUUCAGCGCCAGCUUUGCCAGUGGUGGUGGCUUUGGAAACAACUACUACUCACCAUUUGAGGGCACUGAGCUGGAGGAGGUUCGGCAACUGGACCAGAAGUAUACAGUCCUCCGGGCGCCUCUGAUAUAUGGCGGUGUGGCUGUUUCUCUGGGGCUAGGUGCCCUCACCAUGGGCAUUUUACUCCAAGGAGCCAAGAGCCUAACAAAACUGCCUAGAAAGUGGCUCCUCUUGGAGGCCGCCUUCAGCCUCCUGGCAGCAGUGGGCUACUGCGUAGGCAUUGGCGUUUACCUCCAUGUGGCAUUGCAGAUCAACUCCACAGACACCUGCAAAACAAGAGAGAGGCUCUACGCCCGCAAGGGUCUCACCUGGAUGAACUGCCAGUUGGCAGGCACCGACGGAGCAGCAGCCACCUUUGCUUGUCUCCUGGUGAUUAUGUACAGUGCCAGUGUGGUACUGGCCCUGCGGAGCUACCGGGAACAGAAGCUCUACAAAGACAGCCAAGAAGAGCAGAGAAAUGGCAGGGAUGUCCCAGAAUACCUGUGGUCUGGGACGCUCUAAGGGAGACAUACUCAAUUUCACAUACUCAAUUUUAUAAGUGCUUCUUUUGGUAUGAAUGCAGAGUUAAUUGUCUCAUUUUUCUGUUGUAAAGGGAGAUCAGUAUGUCCCUGUUGGCUGACCCGAUGACCACUUGAAAAAACUAGUACAAAAAGCAACAUCAGAAGUCAGGCUAUCCCCUGAUGGUGAUGCUAUCUAACCAUAUGAUAAUGGUAGAAAUAGCCAACUAGCCAGAGAAAUUUCAGAAGCUGAGAACAACACAUCCGAGGGUAACAUGUCCAGCGUUAUAGUAGAAAUCUCACCUGUCAUAACUAUCUUGAGUCGUCAAAAGGAAUAAGCAAUCCUUGCUUGGUCCCAGGGAAAGACUGUAAAGCAGUGCUGUGAGUGAAUUCUAAAUGGGUAAAUCUCCCCUGUCCCCAGAGGGGAAGAAUUCUUCUGUUUGAGUGUCACCAGUGUCCCCUGCACCGGCAUACUGCCAAGCAGCCCCCUUCUUUAAGAGAUGGGAGUUGGGUUUCUGGGAAAGAGAUGUUUUCAGCAAGCUUGAUCGUCCUCAGGCCCCCUGCCUCGGGGCUCAGGGAGAAUAUUUCCUACCAGCUAUUCCAAGAGGGUUUCUAUUCCCAUCCACUGGAAUUCAUUUUGAAGUAUUUUAAAUUUUUUUAAACAUGAGGUUUCCAAAUAGUGAGAAAACUCACAAGCUUCUUAAAGAUGUCAUUCAACUAAUUUCAAAGAUAAAGCAGUUAAUUUACUAGACUCCAAAGGCUAAUUGGAGAACUUCUCACUUCUGCAUUCCCCUACCUGCAGGCCUUCCAAGGAACAUAGUGACCCUCAUCCCCCUGCACCAUCUUCAUAAUGUGACAGAUUUCUGACAUGGAAUGUUAAACGUCUUUUCAGUAAUUGUCAUCUGAAGUGUUAUACCUGUUCUUGUACUUUACAGUUAGUCUCAAAUGUUUCCGUUUGUGUCAGAUCCAACUAGAAAUAUUCACAUUCUCUUUAUCUGGGUCUUUUUCGCAUUCUCUUGCUUUUCCAUAGCUAAUUCUUAUGAACCUAUCCAAGACAAAAAAAAAAAAUCAGAAGUAAAAUUCACAAAGAAAUGAGAGAACAAAGCUUGGAAGAAAACAACCAACUGGAAAUCUCUAUUGCUCAGUUGGAAUAAAGUCCACUAUGCCACAGAAAGGUGCUUCCUGUCACCCUUAGCCUGGGGCAGUGACUAGAGUCCACACAAAUUUCUCUUGAGUGGCAGAGAUUUUAACAGCAGUAAAAAACAAACACCCACUCCUCAAGAGGACAAUACACUGGUCUCAACUAGCGUUUAUUCUCAAAGAUCAUGUCCCUGUUAAAUGAUCUUUGCCCAUGCUGGGCCUUUUGCUAGAUAAAAUGGGGACUUUGGACUACUUGACUUCAGCUUUGUGCCCAGGCCCAGCUGGGAUACUGCUCCUGAGAUGCAGCUCUCUUCACUGAUAGGAGCCUAUGGGUGACUUUGACAAUACUCAUGCAUGUCCACAGUUUUAUAAGGUUCAAAAGCUUUAGCACUUAUUCACCACUUGUCAAGAUUUGUUAUUCAUGUGUUAUAGAAAACAAGGUUCAAGACCACCAAGUGUUUUACCCAAUAAUUAACAUUUCAUUGAAUGCUAUGGCCCAAGUACAUCACUAUGCUCAAGUACUUUGGGUCCUCUUAUUUAAGUUCAUGACUGAUGACAGAUACUAUCUUAACAAAUAAGAACUACUGGGUGGGGAUGCAGCUCAGUGGCAGAGUGUUUGCCUAGCAUGCAUGAGGCACUCAGUUCAAUUCUCAGCUGAGAGAAUUGAGAGCACAUGAGUUUGCAAGCCUUAGGAAAGUGCCAUAACUUGCCUAAAUGACAAAACUUUCAUGUAACAGAGCUCAGAUCUACUGAAUCACCUGAUGGUGACUAACAUGCUUUUGCCUUCAGUGUCCUAGGGAAUGUUGUAUGAAGUGCAGAACAUACCCAAAGAAAUGUUUCUGCCACCCUGGACCAGGGAGGCAUAUCUUAUGGAACUAGGGUAUUAAAGUAGAUGGUGGUGUAGUAACCAGUAAUCAGGUGUUGAGGCAACAGUUGUCAAACCUAAGUUUUCAAAAUGUUCAUUCUCUAGAUGAGGAAAUCUGCAAAAUGCCUUUAACAUGGCCUUUAUUUGGAGCAAGGUAGCUAAUCUUCCUUGGAAGUCAGGAGACAACAGUGGGGGCAAGGAUGGCAGCACCCAUUUGUAGGCUCUAAGUAGAUUAAAAGUAUGUUAGAAGCAAAAACCACUAAACUGAAGUUCUACCAUGAAGCCAUUAUGUUAUGGAACAUGUGUCGGCCCACUCUGCACACAGCCCGUCAUCACCCACUUUGUGAUUAUUUAAGAGCUGCAGAUCAUUUAUAAUCGAGUUUCUUCUGAUCAGCUAAUAACCUUCAUGUAAAUAAGGACUGCUUCCCAUCAUUGGGAACAUAUGAACCAAGUCAGGAUAUGAUGUUUCUUAAAAACCUUUAUUGCUAUUUCACUUGAAAUGGUGCUGUUUGUUUGUAGUUCGAGUGUCCCCCAAGAGUCCACUGUGAUUGAAGGCCUGAUACACAGGGUAGCGCUAAUCGGAGAUGAGAUCUUGUGGGAGGAGGACCUUAGGUCACUGGGUACAAGUCCUCAGAAAAUGGGUCUCCUGGGAUCCUCUGGUAGUUCUGAGGGGAUUGUUAUAUAAAAGCCUAAGUUGGGUCCCACACAGCUCUCUCUGCUCCUUGAUGUGAGAUGUAAUUGCUGGCUCCCAAACAUGCUUCUGCCAUUGCCAUCCACCAUGACAUGACACAGCUGAGACCUGAACCAAUGCCAGUGCCAUGCCCCUAAAGCUCCCAAACUCUUCUUCAAAAGUAACCUGUGUCAGAUAUUUUGUUACAGUGAUAUAAAGCUAAUACAAAAGUGAUCAAGAAUAUAAGGUCCUUGCUUAGCAUCUUGAUGGCCAUCUUAAGUGACAGCUGCCAUAUUAAGGAAAAAGUUUUGCUUUCCUGCCCAAAGGCCUUUCUGAGAAAGGCUCACCUUUCCCUCAUACCAACCCAAUCCUUAACCACCCGCAUUAGGGACCAACUCUGAUUGCUGAGCCUGCCCUAUAAAAGUCUUGGAACCCAAGCCUGUUUUGCCCCUCUCUCCACUAUAGAGAGAUGGCUUUUAUUUGUCAGUUCUGAUAAAUAAAUUCUCGAGUGUA